UUCUCCGUUCCUAUUCUUCAUUCCAAUUCUCUUCGCUUGCGGCUACCGUACCAAUUCUCUUCAACUGCGGCGAGCCGGAUUCUGACAAAUACGGUGAAUACGGCGAGCAGGGGUGACGACGAGAAGAAGAAGCUCGUUGAUUGCAGCAUCUCUUCGACUGCGACGAGCCGGAUUUCGACGACGACAGUGAAGGCGGCGAGCAGGGGCGACGAAGAGAAGAAGAAGCUCGUCGAUUGCAGUACCUCCUCCACCGCAGCAUCACAAACCGGGUCUCUCCAUUCCUCCUACAACACACACCGAGUCUUCUUCUUGCAUUUUCCGCAUACAAAAGAACCUUCGAGACAGAUCGUCGUCAUUGGACCUCUUGAACCACCCUUUAAUUGAAAAGUUCCAACACAAAGACAUCGACCUUGGAAUUUUGGUUCAGAAGUAUACAAGAUUGUUUUGGGUGCUGCAACAUUACUACUCUGGAUUCUGAAGUCCCUUGAUGGAAUUGUCCUCAUUGUUUGAACAAGGAGUUACUCAUGGCCUUGUGACUGGUGAAGCUGGCUUCAUAGGCUCACUUGCCAACCAAAAAACGCAAUGAAGAGGACAAGGGCACUAACGAGGAAGAGGGGCAGUGAAGAUGAGCCAACCAAAAAAUCUUGUUGAACUAUUUAGUCUUUAGUACUUAGUUAUGUGUGUUUGAGUUUGUGCUUUUGCUUGUGUAUGAUGAUGUACCGGUGUGGACUACAACAUUAAUUAGACAGAUUUAAUCGUGUAUGGAUGGUUGUGAAUUAGACAGAUGUAAUGCUUUGGCUG